GCUGUCUCUACUGCGCAGCCGCAGUUUCUCCAGGACGCAGAGAGCAGAAGAGACAGACAGAAAAAUGGCCCUCGAUAAUUUAAUUUUCGCCCAGUGCAUCCUUUAUUUUUUAGCCUUCGUAUUCGGUUUCAUCGCCGUGGUGCCUCUGUCUGAGAACACGGAGGACUUCGGAGGGAAAUGUCUGCUUUUCACGCGGGGAAUGUGGCAAAAUGAGAACAUCACCGUGUCGAAGCAGCGCUUCAUCGUGGAGGAGUGGGGACCCGAGUCCUCCUGCAGCUUCAUCACUUUUGUCGGGAUAGCGUCCCUCAUCCUGUCCGCAGUGCAGUCAUGGAGGCUCUUGUUCUUUCUGUGCAAAGGGCACGACGACUCCAUCUUCAACGCCUUCCUCAACCUGCUCAUCAGCUCCCUGGUGGUGUUCACAGUUUUCCUGUCCAGCACCAUCGUCAGUGUGGGUUUCAACAUGUGGUGCGACUCUGUCACUGAGGGUGGGACCAUGCCCAGCAGCUGUGAGGACAUGCAGGACACUGAUCUAGAACUCGGCCUGGACAACUCUGCUUUCUACGACCAGUUUGCUAUAGCUCAGUUUGGCCUGUGGGCUGCAUGGCUCACGUGGCUUGGGAUCGCAGUGAUGGCCUUCCUGAAAGUCUACCACAACUACAGACAAGAGGACCUUCUGGACAGCCUGAUCCACGAGAAGGACCUGCUGCUCGGCCGCUCCUCACGCCGCAACUCUGACCUCAAGACCGGCUUGAUUUAGAAACCAGAGGACACACGCUCUCACUCACAUUCAGCUGUAAAGUCCUCUCACCUGCCAUGAGAAACACCAAUGUUUGCCUCUGUAGACAAUCAAAUUGGCUUCUGCUCCCAUUGAUCGUGGAUUGAAUCAAACGGAAGGUUUUAGCGUUGUUCUCCAAAGGUGAUUGAUUUCUCCUCAAAAAAAUCUCCCAAUGGUUGUUAAUCCUUGAGGAAUCCUGAGUUUAAGCAUCCAUUCCUCUCCAACACACAACCAUAGUUAAGCUCCGAUAGUAUUAAGACCAUUUGAUAGAAAUGUACAUCCAGUUUUUCUCAACUCAUAAAUUUCUAUUUAUCAACACAGUAUUAAUGGCUCGGACAGAUUAGCUGAUGGAUCAUGUUGUCUUUGUGAAACUUCUGCAUGGACCUAAUGCAUGACAAAUUAAUAGGGUGGUGGUUUUUAGAUGUAAAAGGGAUAUUACUCUGUUUUAUACACUAAUAAAUGUGUCCCUAAGAAGAGGUUUUUCUGGAAGGAUGGGCACAAGAUGAGGUGAGAAUUCUUUGCAUGCUGCAGCAAAGUAAAAUGAUGUGUGCUUUUGCGGUGUAUUCACACUUUUAUCAGCAGUUAUAAAAGGUGUUUUAUAAAAAUGACAAAUCGUAGUUCAGAAUAUCAAUGUAUCAGGCAGCCGGUUUAAAAAAAAAAAGCUUUUAGCAGUCCGUGUGAGAUAAAAUACAAAUCCUAUUUUGUGCCAUAUAGUAACUCAGGCUUCUCCUUUACACUUUAUAGGCUACAAACCAAUAUACUGUAUAACUGUGAGUAGACGCACAAAUGUACCCGCAUGCAUCUCGCUCCCUGUUACAUCCACAUCACACACUCACUUACUGUCAGAGAUUACAGGAAGAAAACAAAUCAUCUGCUUCACUUUGAUAGGCAAUGACAGUUUUAUUCAAAACAACUGAAAUCAUAAAACGGUAGGAACUAAGAAAACCCUUCCAUAAAAGGCACUUCUUUCAAAGUGACCAUAAACGUUUGGACAGCUGUGAAAUGCAGCUUUCAAGCUAAAUGCGCAUAUGCAGGACAUGAGUUCACUGUUUAUUGCUAAUGACGAUUUCAUUUGACAGUACAGAGUUGAGUGUUUCUUUCUUCUGUUCGAGCAUUAUUAGCCUUAUAUUGCUUUGACAUUCAAAUGCCUCCGAAAUCCAACGCUCUCUGUCUGAGUUCCCUGAAACCUGUUAUAUAAAGAACAAUGUUUUACUGGAAA